CGCAAUAACAAGGGCGUCCCGCAGUUGUCAAACAGUACUCGCACGAAGUCAUCCAAAGUGAAAGUCAACAUUCAAAGUCGCAUUAACAAGCAACGUAAGCAGUCAUGAAGGUCGCGAUUUUUAGCCUACUGGUUCUAGGACAGGCGUUCGCAGAUAUAUCCCACAGAGGAAAGAGACAAGCGGCGGACUGUCAAGAACCGGACUUACCCAAUAUAUGCACCACCGCCGGCGGUCGCGUUUAUUUUCCCCAUCCAACGAACUCCCGGAAGUUCCUACAAUGCUCCGAUGGCGGCCGAAUGUUCAUCAUCACGUGCCCCAGCGGUGAAUUCUACAGUUCAGCGGCAACCGGCUGCGUACCUUUGAACCCUGUAACCGCUGCUCCGGCCACCAAUCCGCCCAUAACCACCGCCAGGCCCACGACGGCUUCAGUAUUCAACCCGUGCACAAUCGACAACCUCGUUGCCGGAAACAUAUUCUUCCCGUAUCCCGGCGACAACCGGAAGUUCAUAGAGUGCGACAAGCAGGGCAACCCCAUGCAACUCACUUGCCCAACUAGACUGGUGUUCAGUCCGGACAGGAAAGCCUGCGUCCUAGCCCCAACUGACAGCUCGGUCACUGUCGGUCCAGUAAACACUGUUACCGUAAACCCUCUAAACCCUAUCACAGGAAAUCCCUGCACGCAGUCAAACAUUCAAAGCGGCGAGCUGUUUUUCCCGCACCCUAACCCGAGCCAGUACAUCCACUGCGACUACGCCGGGGAUGCUUACAUCAUGAACUGCCCAGGCAAUCUCAUUUGGAAUCAGUCUGUCAAGCAAUGCUCCACCGCCUUCAUUGGCUAAUACCAGAGAUUGAGCCGCCUAGCGUAGCUGACAAUCAAGCGAGGUUCCAUUUGUCGCCAGCUGUCAUUGGUCAAAAGCAAACGUACAACAUGUACAUUUAGGAAUUUUCACUUUUCAUAAUGCUUUUCUCCAUGAGUGAAAAGAAAUUUAUACGAAGUAUAAUACAAAUAAAUAGAUACUGGUUUUCAACAAUCAUUUAAUAGAAGGGAUUAGUUUACACUGUGUAGCAGCUGAAAUGUUAAAGUUUCAAAGUAUAAUGUCCAUUUGCCAUUAAUUAAUAAACAUAUUUAAGAAAA